AUGGCAUCAGACGAUUUACACGCAGAGAGAGAGAAAAUUCAGCGUGAAAUUUUGGCACUCGAGCGCACUCUUGGUGCAGAUGAUAACAUCGUGGACUUAUUGUCAACGGACUCUUCCGAUGAUGAGGAAUCUGAUGGUUCUGGAACUGUUGAUGACGACACGAACCUAGAGGAGAAGCGCAAGCAGAUUCAGAGAGAAAUUGAAGAACUCGAGCAGACACUUGGCCAAGAAGCACCUGUCACUGAUUUAUCAGACAAUGACAAUGACACACAGGGUCAAAUGGAGUCGAGCGAAGAAGACAGCGAUGAUGAAGACAUAGCUCUUCCUCAAGAUGUUGACACGUGCUUGCAAAUGAAUCUCGUUUACCAAGAAGUUCUAAAGGAAAAACUAACUGAGCUGGAGCGCCUCCUCGAAGAAAAUCAGAAACAACAGAGAGAGAUUGAAGAACAGCUCUCUGGUCCAACAACAUCUCACUCCACUGUAUCAGGACAAAGUACACAGAAGCUCUUCCUCGGGAACUUCAUGAAGCCAUAUUUUAAGGACAAGGUCACAGGCCUGGGUCCUCCUUCAAAUGAAGAAACCAGAGAGAGACAGAGUAAUUUGACCAGGCCUUGCGAUGAUGUGUUGAAAGUUAGAAGAUGGGAAGGAUGGCAAAAAACCCUGCUAAUAAACUCAGUGGUCGCUGAUACUAUGAAACGUUUGCUGCAGCCUAAGCUGUCAAAGGUGGACUACCUCACAGCGAAAAUGUCUAAAGCUGAAGAUGAGGAGAAGGAAGUCCUGAAACAACAAAUUGAUAUGAUAGAAAAAGAAAUUUCAGAAAUUAGUUCAAUGACUGAAGAACAGCUGAUGGGAAGUCGCCACGAUGAUCAUGACUGGGAUAAAAUUGCAAAUAUUGAUUUUGAAGGUUUGAGACAGGCUGAGGACUUAAAGAGGUUUUGGGAGAAUUACUUGCAUCCCUCCAUCAACAAGUUGACGUGGAAACAGGAUGAGAUUGAGAAGCUUAAGGUGCUUGUGGAGAAACAUGAUUGCUGCAACUGGGACCAAAUUGCAGAGGAGCUUGGGACCAACAGGACAGCCUUCAUGUGUUUCCAGACAUACCAACGUUACAUUUCCAAGAACUUCAGGAAGCGAGUGUGGACCAGUGAGGAGGACAAAGUCCUCAGAAAUCUAGUGGAGAAUAUGCGCAUUGGGAACUUCAUUCCAUAUACUCAAAUUUCUUAUUUCAUGGAGGGCCGUGAUUCAGCCCAGCUGAUGUACCGUUGGACUUCAGUUCUUGAUCCAUCUCUUAAGAAAGGCCCUUGGUCGAGAGAAGAAGAUGAGUUGUUACUGAAAGCAGUGGAAAAAUAUGGCGUGAAGCACUGGUGGAAGAUUCGACUUGAGGUUCCUGGGAGGACAGACGGUCAAUGUCGUGACAGAUAUCUGGACUGUCUAAGUGAAGAUGUGAAAAAAGGUCCCUGGAGCAAGGAAGAGGAAAAUUUACUCACACGAUUGGUGCAGAAAUACGGAGCAGGCAAAUGGGCCAAGAUUGCCUCUGAGAUUCCCAACCGUGUCGACUGUCAGUGUUUACAUAAAUGGAGGUCGCUGACAAAACAAAAUAAUGCAAGGAUGCAGAAUCUUAAGAGACCCUACAGCCACACCAAACAUUCAAAGCAGCAGCAGAAGCCACCGAAAAAGAGAAAAGUAGAGAAUAAGAAAACGAAAACGAAGAGCAAGGAGAAAGGACACAGCUCGAAUUCCGAGGAAGAGAUGAUCCAGUACAUGGAUAGUGAUGAUGGGGGAGAUUUAUCUGAAAAACCUUCUUCGGUGUGCAAUCCAGAGAACAAGCCCAUGGAGGAAUACAUUCUACCAGAUAUGAAAGAGUGGAUCCCUCAAAAUCAUAACCCAUGGAACCGUGAACCUGGAACUGUCAGAACCGUGAUGGUUCGGCGACCCACAAUGGAGGAUGAGAAGGCUUAUAGGGAAUGUAGAAUGGGCAGCAAUGUCCCCCACCAAAACAACAGCCCCAAGCCAGUAUACAGCACUUUUCUGGACUGUUUUGGACGGCCUGUGGACACUUAUGUGGGUAUAGAGCCCCCAUGUCUGACAGGGAAGCGUUUCAGCACUGAGAUUCCCUAUAUCAAGGUAUCUCCCAGUGAAAUCAAACAGUUACUGAUCUGGCAGGGAAUAGCUGCAGAAAAGUCGAUUAAUCUUAGGCGCAAAAAACAUACAACCUCAGAAAACGCACAAAAUGAAAGCCAAGGCAUUGCAGAUCAGACAGGAGAAGAGAUGAAUACUGGUGCACAAAUGAAAACCCGCUCACCGAAAGCUCGACUCGCUAUCAUUGGCAAGGACAGUACCAAUUUCAGUCUGAAAUAUGCCCUUAUGCUUGCCAUCAUUCCAUGGAUAGGAAAUGUGCUUGUGCCACUGCCUUUUUACCAGAGGAAACGCUGCCAAGCUGAUGUUCUGAGGGAGAGGGCAAAGCACAUUAACCUCUCUAAAACUCCAGUAUUUUCGCUCUUUUUGAAGGCUCUUCGUGUUGACACAGAAGGCUGUAAGAAGGUCAUUGAUGCACAAGCCAGAAAGGUGCCAUAUGAUGAUCCUAACCAAGCUGUAGUGACCCCGACUCCUCCACCCCGUGCUAUGACUGUGGCCAUGAUGCUCAAAGAAAAACGCUCAGGCAACCAAAGGAGAGGAGAGACGGGGAAAGAAACACCAAAUCAAAAGCAACCUGCUGGUCAGACAACAGCAACACCCAUAAUGGCACCCCAGAUGUUUGUCGUUUCUCAGCCCACUGGCCAGAGGAUGUCAGCGGGGUCACCGGGCACAUUAGUGUUUCCACAGCCAGCUGGACAAGGAAUCUCAAUCUUCACUCCAACUUUAGUGCAAAGUGCGUCUCCAUCACCUCAGCCAAUUAGACCGUCGGUACUAAAACUCCCACAAGAUGUGGCAGUCUCUCCUAAUACCCCUUCCUCCUCUGUCUCCUGCUCAUCCACUAAAGCAUCUAAUAGCGUUCGCACAGAGACAUCAGGAACUCCUAAACGUACCCGUAAACUCACUGAGAAGGCUCGAGCACUACAGGAGAGUGCCAAAGCCAAAACACCGAAAGGAGUCAAAUCGACGCAGGCCAGUAAGCAAGGUGUUUCCCCCAGGGUGAAUCCUACCCCACAGCCCAUUACAUUGAUUCUUACCCCUGCUGGACUGGUACCAGUCAGUGGAGUCCAAUUGCUCAUUUCUAACAACCCAGUUGGACAAACUGAAAAAAAUACAAAUACUCCCCAGAACAUUGUGUCUCCUAUACCCAUUGUCCUGAACCAACAAGGUGCUCUGGCACCCAAACCGCUAGCAAACAUCUCUCAAGAAGUUACCAAUGCACCUAAUGCUUCUGCGGCUCAUGCUGCUGUGAAUAGCAGUCAACACUCCAAGUCUUCCUCAGACAUUUCUGGUGGUCCUACAGCUACAUGUCAUACAAAAGCACUCCCCACCAUUGCAGGAGUGAAUGCCUCUUCCACGCUGGCAGGAACUUCUGUAGUUCCAGCGAACAAUAGGAUUCAACUGCCCAGGAAAACAGCACCUGCCCUCGUUUCAUCAAAGCCUAUCGUAACCGUCCCAAUCCAACAGCCGCUUUUACCCAGCAACAUUUGGAAUCCCCCUCCACCACAGUUCGCAGUAAACAAUCCAGUGACUCCUCUGCAUUUGCCGUCUCCUCAGAUGGCGGCAUUGCCAAGAGCACCCCAAACUGAUCAGUCGGCCGAGCAGCCAGGUACUGCGAGUGCGAGGUCUAAUCCCAAGCCUGCUGCUGUGACUUUCGACCCCAACCUGAUGUUCCUGGAGGAACCUGCUUUGGUGAAAGACUUUCUGAAUGGAAAAGGUGGUGUUGCACUUCCUCAGUUAGAAAAUUCUCUGCCUUACCUUCCCCCUUUCGUUAGCAACAUCAACACCCUUGCCUCCUUACUCAAGGCAAAAAAGGCUUUGGUUAACGCUGCCGUGCAACUUUUGGCCAACAGAGAUGGUACCAGCACCACUGGGGCAGGUCCAAGCACUGAUGGUGAGAAUGAGGAGGCAGUUCAGGUGGCAGCUAUUCGAAGACUUGUGGCUGAGAGGUUCGCCAAUAAUCCUGCCUACCUGCUCCUGAAGGCUCGUUUCUUAUCAUGCUUCACCUUACCUGCUCUCCUGGCCACCAUACAGCCCUGCAAGGUGUCUGCUACGUCAAAAAACACUGAAGACCAAUCUGAAGAAGAAUCUGGAUCUGCAGACGAAACAGUACACAGCCCUGAUGUCGAGCAACAGAAAACAGUGGAGUCUCUUCUUAGCACAGAUGAAGAAAUGGCGUCUGCAAGCCACUUCUCAGGGAUUGUCACAAGGCGCAAAAGCGGUCACAACAAGAAACCAUAGGCAGC